GAGAUGAAUUGAACUUUCGUGAACAACAAAUGUCACAUUGAUAGAUCCUUUUUAAAUUGGGUGCGUGAUAUCUUGAAAUAGCUAUCUCGGCUUUUGCAUUUUCCCUCCUCUCGCUCGCUUGAGCAUUCAUUCGUUCAUGGUGUCUAUAAAGCCGCAGCCUCCAACUUUGCUCCAGAAGGCCAUGACCUUGAUCCAAGACUCCACUAGCCUCUCCCACCUCCUCCAGAUCCUCCCGCUUCUCUCCAAGACCUCUCUCGACCGCCACCCCUUCGUCGCCGCCAAGUUCCUUCGCCGAUGCUUCUCCCUCCCUUCCCCUGAUUCCUUCUACAUCGCCCGCUCCAUCUUCGAUCACGUUCCUGCGCCCGACGCCUUUCUCUGGAACACCUUCAUCCGCUUUCACUUGCAGAGGGGGAACCACGCGGAGUCCCUCGGCUUACUCCGGAGAAUGAGGCUCUGUGAAAGCGUAGCACUCGAUACCUUCGGCCUUUCGUUGGCUCUCCAGGCGUGUGGUGGGUUGGGCUCUUUUACAAUCGGUGAGACGCUGCACUCCCUCGUCGUUAAGCUGGGAUUUGUGCUCGAUGUGUUUGUCCAGACUGCUCUGGUCGAUAUGUAUGGAAAAGUUGGCGCCGUCGUCCACGCGAGGAAUGUGUUCGAUGAAAUGGACGUCCGAGAUUUGGUUUCUUACAACGUCAUGCUGGGGAUGUAUGUUGCCGGUAGCUAUAUUAAUGAAGCCCGUAAACUGUUUGAUGAAAUGCCCAUGAGAGACCUGGUCACCAUGAAUACCAUGAUACAUGGCUAUGCUAAGACCGGCGACCUUGUGGCUGCACAAGAGAUCUUUGAUGGAACUAGUGAGAGGGAUUUAUUGUCAUGGAGCUCAAUGAUUUCCGGGUACGCGCAAAGCAGGCAGUCUAGCAAUGCAUUGAGGUUAUUCCAUGAGAUGCAGCUUGCAAAUGUGGUGCCGGAUGAGGUGACAAUGGGGAGCGUCCUGUCUGCUUGUGGGGACACAGGAGCAUUAAGCAUGGGCAGGGCAAUGCACAGGCUUAUUGACAAGAAGAGACUGAGUCUAGAUCUAAGACUUGGGACUGCUCUAGUUGAUAUGUAUGCCAAGUGUGGAGACAUUGAGACUUCUCGAAACAUUUUCAGUGAGUUGAAUGAGAAGGAUGUUAUUACAUGGAGUUCAAUGAUUUUAGGUCUUGCAAAUCAUGGACACGGAAAGGUCGCCAUCGAUCUAUUUUCAGACAUGAUAUCACAAGGAAUUCAACCAAAUGAGAUAACUUUUGUUGGGGUUUUAAGCGCAUGUGGACACAUUGGUCUUGUGACUGAAGGUUGGGCUCAUUUUAACUCUAUGGAGGGUGUGUAUUGUGUUUUGCCUAAGAUUGAACACUACGGAUGCAUGGUUGACCUACUGGGAAGGGCAGGACAACUCGAGGAAGCCAUAGGAGUCAUAAAAGACAUGCCAUUCAAACCAGAUGCUGUCAUUUGGAGGGCACUUCUCAAUGCAUGUCGAAUUCACAAAAAUGUGGAACUAGCUGAAGAAGCUACCAAGAACCUUGUGCUUUUGGAUCCAUAUGUGGAUGGACAUUAUGUGCUUCUAUCAAACAUAUAUGCACAGGCCAAUAUGUGGGAUGGCGUCAGUAGGAUUAGAAAAUUGCUGCGAAGCAAAUGCAUCAAAAGGAUUCCUGGGAGCAGUUCGAUCGAGGUUGACAACACAGUUUUUGAGUUUGUAUCUGGUGAUGCGUCUCACCCACAGUCUAAAGAAAUUAAUGAAAUGGUUGAUGAAAUGAUGAAUAAGCUGAAAAUGGCUGGUUACUGUCCCAUUACAUCCUUGGUUUUGCAAGACAUCGAUGAACCUUUGAAAGAGUCUUCACUGGCUCGGCACAGUGAGAAGCUAGCAAUAGCAUUUGGCCUUCUGAGCUUGCCGCCUAAGUCCACAAUUCGAAUAUUUAAGAAUCUCCGUGUGUGUGAAGAUUGCCAUUUGGCGAUCAAGUUUGUUUCCUUGGUAUAUGAUAGGCAAUUGAUUGUAAGGGACCGAAAUAGAUUCCACCAUUUUUGGGGAGGGGAGUGCUCUUGCAAGGACUACUGGUGAAACUUUUUCAAGUUUUUAGGUUCUUCCAAUGUACAUUGUAAUAUGUACUAUAAUCCUUGU